CAUGUUCGAGGCAAAGUCCAGCUGCUGGGUCAAACACAAGCAGUACUGACAUUUCAUUACAAUUUGUGACACCUAAACACAUUACAAAAAACUAAGGCUGUUUGCAAAAGAGACAACGAGAGAUUGGCAAGCAUGGAUACCACCUCUUCAUUUAUCAAAUCUGUAACCAAGAGAGUGUGGUCUCCACCACAGCGUCCUUUCAGAGUGUGUUGUCACAACAGAGAGACCAGGAAGGGCAUCACAGCCGGGACCCUAGAGGAACUGAAAGAGAGGGUAUGUCAGGCCUUGCUGCUGUCCCUGUCUGCAGUGUCUCUGUUUCUGGUUUGUGAGGAGGACGGUACAGAGGUAGACUCCGAUGAGUUCCUCAUGACCCUGCCUGACAACACCAUGCUCAUGGCCCUGCAGCCUGGACAGACAUGGAAACCUCAGUCGGGUUCAGUUGUGUCCAGAUCUCAAGACCACAACAAGCCCCGGACUGGGAGAGACAUAGCUCGUGUCACCUUUGACCUUUACAGAACGAGCCCAAAGGACGUCUUUGGCUCCCUGAAUGUGAAAGCAACAUUUCAGGGCCUAUACUCUGUGAGCGCCAAUUUUCAGUGUCUGGGGCCCAAGAAAGUCCUCAGAGAAGCCCUGCGCGUAGCCUCCUCCCUCCUAUAUGCUGCUGGACACCUGCUUAUCACCUCCGCCUCCAUGAUCCGCCGCAUUAUUGAAGGCGCUGAGAUCUGGCAGCCGCAGAGGACAGAGUACACAGCCAGCUGGAACUGACGGAGCCAUGGGAGACCUCUUUAGUUGUGACAGAGUAACUAGCAUCGCAUUGAUUAGCCAUUGUACUGUAUAAUAUAAUAAAGUGCUGUUUACUGCCUUAAAAUGGGGGGGGGAAUAAACCACUUUUUUUUUUUUUUACAUGAACAUCUGUUAAGGUAGUAUCUGUAUACACUGUAACACUGAUACUCUUAUAUGGAGUGCUUGUAUGACUGUGUAUCAUGUUCUACCUAAUAUUUCGGCUUUACUUCAGGUUAUAUAUAGAAUGAAACAGACAUAUAUACAUGUAUUCAUUUAUUGUUUUACUGUACAGCACUUUGUGUCCACUUGGAUUGUAGGGUGCUCUAUAAAUAAAUUUUGAUUGAGUGAUUGAAACAGACAAAAAAGAAACACCAAUUUUUAAGGAUUAAGUGUCAGAAACUGAUGUAGCUGGAUAACAUGAGAAUGAGUGUUAUAGCUGUUAAACUAUUUUAUGUGCAAUAUAUAUUCCCCAUAGUAUCCUAAAAUUGUACUAUAUUAUUGUUAAUUUGGUGUGGAUUAUGUCAGGUGACUUUCUGUCUUUCUACGCUCUGAGAUUACAGAUGAUAAACUGCUGAAAUCAAAUGGUUAUUAAUGUGAUCUGAAACACUGCUUUCUUUUUAUAAAAAAAUAAAUAUUACAGUAAUGAGA